CCCGGCUCGAGUGACUUCCGCCGUACAAGCACCUUUCCUGCCAACGCUCUCGUGGUGAACGCAUCGCUCCGUCCUUUCAACAACUUGAACAACCACACCGCAACCAUGGGCGAUGUCACCGAGCGUACCUUCAUCAUGAUCAAGCCCGACGGCGUCCAGCGCGGGCUUGUCGGCAAGAUCAUCAAGAGGUUCGAGUCCAAGGGUUUCAAGCUCGUCGGCCUCAAGUUCGUCUGGCCUACUGAGGAUCUCCUGAAGCAGCACUAUGCUGACCUCUCUGCCCGUCCCUUCUUCCCUGGUCUUGUCAAGUACAUGUCCUCUGGACCUGUCGUCCCCAUGGUCUGGGAGGGUUUGAACGUUGUCAAGACUGGUCGUCAAAUUCUUGGAGCCACCGAUCCCAAGGACUCUGCCCCUGGCACCAUCCGUGGUGACCUGUGCAUCCAAGUUGGCCGCAACAUCAUCCACGGCUCUGACUCAGUGGAAGCUGCCAAGAAGGAAAUUAGCCUUUGGUUCCAGCCUAAGGAAGUUGUUGACUGGAAGCCUGCCGCCACUUCCUGGGUCUACGAAUAAGUCCUCUUUGUCAGUUCAAUAUAUUUAUUUAGUACUGCAUCAAUACCUAUUACCUGUAUUUUUUUAUUUUGUACUGUUCAUGUCAUUCCGAUUUUCACAAAUUUUCAAAUGAAUUUUAUAUAGCAUUACUUAAUAAACAUAUUGAUUUGGCUUCAAA